CAUCAUGGAGGACGACGGUCUCGCGACGGCCCUCGGGUUCGUCAUGGACGAGUGCGAGAUGGAGAGGCGAGCCAUGGCGCACGAGGAGGUCCUGGUGGCGCAGAUGAUGCUGACAUUGUCGGCCCGCACCGAGGCGAUGACCGCCCGCGCGGCCGACAUUGCUCGGUCAGAGCAGGCUGAGAUGAGGCACGAGCUCAUCGGCGCGCUCAUGCACGCCGAGGCCCGGCAGGACUCCAUCCGCUCCGAGUACGCGGCGCGCUUCUCGGAUGCGGUGCAGCACCUCGACGCCGCGGCAAGGCAGAGGAUCAACGAAGUCGUGGAGACGGAGGCCGAGGAGCUCAUCGCUGCCCGCCGCCGCAUGCAUGACGAGCUGGCCGCCCGCACUGCCCCGUUGAAUGUGGCCAACCUGGCCCAUCUUGGACAGCUCCGGGAGGUCAGUGAGCAGGCUGAGUCUUCUAUUCGGGCUGCGAGGCGGGCCGAAGCCGAGGUGAACGCCAACGCCGAGUCCGCCAUCAAUUCGCUCAAGGCGGAGGCGCUCCAGGCCAUCACCGAUGCCCAGGGCGCGGCGGCGGCAGCUCGGGACGCCGAGCAAGCUGCCCAUCGCGCGGAGUCCCGGCAGGCGCUCCGCCUCCGCCAAGCCGAGUCUCGACUGCAUUUGGAGGCCUCCGCGGUCUCUGAGCCCCGCGCGCAGUGCACUGAGGCAGCCGGGCUCCGUGCCCAGGUCGUGGUCCAGGCAUCCAAGCUGGCGGACCACGAGCGGGAUUUCGCUGCUCUUCGAGCUGGUGCCCAAAACGUCAUUGACGACUCCGGGCGCAAGCUCAGGAGGCUGGGCGAGGACCACGAGGCCGUCGAGCACGUGCUCCGCGACAGGCCUCUGAGCAUCGAUAUAGCCCACCACCUGGACUUGAAGCGCAUCGCCAAGUUCCUGCAGUUGGUGAAGGUGGUACUCCUCCCCGUGAGCUGCAAGCUGACGCGGGUGCUUGGCCUGCUGCUCAUCCCGAACGUCUUCCGGGAGACCAAGCCCGGGCUGCCAGCGCAAGUGCACGGCGCGACUGCAGCCGCCGCUCGGGCGCAGCAGGCGCGCAAGCGUUCUGAGUCGCUUUCUUCGCCCAGCGAAGAGGAUGACAUUCGGCGGAGGAAGGGCGCGGUGAAGGAGCUGAAGCUCGACCCGAGCCCGCAGGCAUCUGGGCUCCGGCAGUGGAUCCAGAGUCUGUACUCGAAGGUCGGCGCGGCCUCCAAGCGCUCUAAGCGCAGUACCCUCCGCUGGCUGCAGCUGGCUGAGGACCCGGCGGUCACCCAGGAGCGGCUCGAGCACCUCUCGUCCGCCCAGCGCAAGUGGGGCGACCUGGACACAGUCUUGGCCGACUCCAUCGUGCAGAUCGCCACCGUUUCCCUCGAGCGCCAGCUCUUGACCGACCAGGAGCAGCUGACGCAGUUUCGCAUCGAGUCCAGCCAGACAUCGAUCAUCGACGUCAACGCGUUCGUGAACUUGAAGUUCCACGGCGACUUGGAGGCAUACCUGGACCUGCUGGACUCCACUCUGAUGGGCUUGACGCGGCAGCCAGACGAGGAGCGCAUCAUGGGAAUCGUCGGGCCGCAGCUCAGACUAUGCCGCGACCUCGCGCCGACCUUCGUCACCUUCGACGGCGCCGAGGAGGGCUCCGAGGAGCGCGCCGCCUCUUGGUUGCACAACCGCGCCCGGCGCGAGGUGGCCAGGAAGAAACGAGCGGCGGCCUCUAAGCAGCUCCAGGGCGCGGUGCCGAAGAAGAUCGCUGCCCCAGGAGCUAGCAAAGCCGGCAUUGGCGAGAAGGCCAGGACCGAGGCUGCAGCGGUCACGUCGAAGGCUGCCGCAGAACCCAAGGCCAAGGCUAAGGCCAAGGCUGCCGAGAAGAAGAAGGCUGCGGAGAAGAAGAAGGCCUCUGCAGCAGCAGGCAGGCCCGACGUGGCCCAGGACAAGCCCAUCUGCGCCGCCUUCCAGAAGUCCGGCAAGUGCGACAAGGGCGACAAGUGCGAAUUCCGGCACGCGCCCAAGGCCACCGCCAAGGCAGCACCAGCCAGACUGGCUCGCCAUGCCGAUGAGGCCGCUGGCGCUACCAGAGUCGCCAUGCCGAGUGCCACCGACAACGACGCCGAGUGGGCCGUGGCCGACGCCGGCGUGGGUGACGACUUACUCGACGCCCAGACCGCGAUGCAGUGCGGCGACGUGCGCCGGAGGUCCGACCUCAACCCACUCGCCACCGCGAACGGGACCAUCGCGCCCGACACCACCGCGGUGAUCGGCUUGGAGCGGCUCGGCGAGGACACUGAGGCAGUCGUCCUGCCGGGCACCAUCAACGCGCUGUCCAUCGGUAGGCGCUGUGCCGAGUACGGGUACACCUUCACCUGGAACCCCUUCGAGGACAAAUCUGUGUGGCUCGCUCCUGAUGGGGCUCCCCUCGACGCGAGGGUUGACCACUGCGUGCCCAUGGUCCGUCCAGGGUUCGCACGCCCCGAAGGAGAGCGACGCCAAGUUGCCUGCAUGCCAGCUGCAGGGUCUUCGGAUCAGAGCCCACCUCGAGCAUCUGAUGCUGACCGGGCUCCCGAGGAGGAUGAUCAAGAUCCCGAGGUGGCGGUCCCCGAGGUGGUAGCGGCGGCCCCCCAGGCCGCAGGUCUGGACGACGACUUCUGCAUCGCCGGCGACCCGUCCAUCGUGGAGCACGCGCCCGAGUUCGAGAGCGUCGGACUUGGCGACGAUACCCGCGCCUUCACUCGCGACUUGGAGGGUGGUCUGACAGCUCACGACCAGCACGUCGACCCCGACGAGAUCCCUCUCAAGUGUGGCAAGUGCCUGCCUGGCGACGCCAUGGACGCCACCUUCCACAAUGACCCGCUGUCUCGGGCGCACCUUGCGGCUCACCUUCCGCGUUGUCCUCCGGGCGCAUGCCCCGGGUGCGCUUUCGGCAAGACUGCGAAGAGUCGCAGUGGGAGGAGACCAGCGUCGGCCAUCGUGUUGCACGCGACGCCCGAGGAGCAGUGGAACUUUGGCGCCCUCGUGCACAUGGACCACAUCGAGAUGGAGCACGGCAGCGACGCUCGCAAGGCUGCGCCCUACGCGCUCAACAUCACCGAUGAGGGCACGGGCUUCUUCUCCAGCUACCCGACGGCCCGCCGCGACGCCAGCGCGGCGUUAGACAGCGUCAGGCGCUUCGACAACACGCCCGAGAGGAUCACGCGCUGGUGGGGCGAUCGCGCUCCUGAGUUUCGCGCUGCCGCCAGGCAGAUUCGCGAGCAACGCAGUUUGGCGCACUAUCGGUCGACGCCGUACCGACCGCAGGCCAACGGCAAGGCGGAACGCAUGAACCGCCUCAGCGUCGAGGGUACGCGCGCGCUGCUCCACCAGUCCGGCUUCUCCGAGAACUGGUGGCCGCUCGCGAUUCGCGCCUGGGCCAUAGCUCACAACGCCACGCACGUCGGGAAGGGCGGCCGCACGCCCUGGCACCGCAGGUUCGGGGAACGAGCACCUUGCACAGCGUCCCCCUUCGGCGGCCUGGUGACCUACCGCCCGCCAGCCGGCUCCAAGGCCACCAGGGUGGAGCUGAAGCACCUGGGCUCGACCAAGUGGAAGAGCAGGCUUGUCCCCGCCGUCUGCGUAGGCGUCACCGCUGGCCCUGGCGAGACGUGGGCAAAAUCUUACCUCGUGGUCCCUCUGGCAGCGAUCAUGGACGACGGCCGCGCAUCGCGCGUCAGCGUGCGCACGGUGACCGACGUGGUCUUCCCCGACCAGCCCGCGUUCCCGCUCAAGCAGCGCUUGAUGGCCCACGGCGCCUUCGAGGAUCUCAACCUCCCGACGCCGAUAGCCUCCGACGACGUCGGAGCCCCUGGCGGGCUCAUCGCCACGGAGGAUGCUUGCGAGGACGACGCCGAGCGGCACGACCUCACUUUCGAUGGCGACUUGUCCGAGAAUGCCCUGCGCUAUUCGCGGAAGAAGCGCGUGAUGGACAUCAUGAUGGCCCUGGACCCAGACUCCCCAACCGUGUCGGUUUCGCCGGUGCCGGAGCUCGCCGUUGAGCCCUCAGCCGAGGCCUCUGCUCCGCGGCCUCGUGGAAGCGGACGCCGGCCGCUGCCUUCCAUGAACUCUCUGCUCAGCGCCAAGGCGACCCUGCAGUGGAACAACCAGAUUCUCGACGCCCCUUGCCUUUAUGCUUAUGGUUUUCGUGCUGACGCAAUCCGCGCGCUGGUUGCAGCCUCGCCUCUUGUGGGCGUGGACCCGCAGGAGCUCGUCGUGAGCCGCUUGAGUCGGCACGCCUGGGUUCCCGUGAAGCUCUGCUAUGUUUUUCGGCCUGGCUCCAAGUGCCUGGUCGAGUUGAAGGGUGGCGCUGCCCCGCCGACUCCAGCCAACGACACCAAGGGGGACUACUGGGAACGCGAGGAUGACUUGUGGCACCGGAUCCACGUGGCCCCCCGCGUUGCCAUGUUCACCCCGAUCGACGUCGAUGGCCCUCCCGAUGCAGACCAGCUCGGGGGAUGGCGGAUGACUAAGGUGGAUUACCACAACGGCCAGUGUGACCUCAUGGAAGACGAUUGGCUUCGAGAUCCAGGCCCUCAUCGCCCACUCCCUGCCCCAUGGACCGGCAGGACUACUUUCGGCCCCAAGGACCAGGAGGAAAUCGACGCGGAGGGGGGCAACUUCCUCGGAUCUCUGGCGCCUCCGCCUGCGGCCGUGAAUGCAGAUUUUGCUGGGCUUGCUCAGUCGGCGCCCGUCGACGCCAUAGACACCGAUGCGAUUCCUGACCGGGCCGCGCUCUUCCGACUGGCUGGAGGCGAGACGACUUCGGAGCGGACGGCGUCAUUCGCAGAUCUGCGUGGGCGCCGCCAUGGUCUUUUCGCCCGCCGACUUUCGAGCCCGAAGUAUGGAUCUCCCUGA